CAUGAAGCAUGAUUGACCGGAGCUCCCAAACCAAGCAACCCGGAACAAACAAACAAACAAACCAAACCCCCCAUUUCCCCUAUUGUCGGCCCCUCCCAUUGCACUGCUCAGAUUGGACGACUCAUGGCGUGUUGACCAUCGACCGUUGGCCAGCACACAGAACCACGCGUCUGAUGAUAAUUACACCACCAUCGUCGGAUACUUUACAUACGGAAACAAAAGCUUCUUCGCCCUCGCAUCGACCUCCAGUUACGAGCGAUAGCAGCCUCUUUCUCCACAUUCAUCUCCGUCGUCCUCGAUACAUUCGCCCACCAUGCCUGACCUUAACUCUGUUCCCGCAUCGCCAUAUCCGCAGAGCGCCUCCCGACGCUCCUCCCACCAGAUGCCGCCUCCUCCGCUUCCGGCGCAAGCGUCAGACUCGUCCCUCAACAUCCUCCCCUCGAACCAGAAUACCGUCAACCACCCUCACCCCUCUAGCGCCGCCGUUGGGUCUCCGCCAAUGGCCCCGGCACCACUCGCGUCGCCCCCGGCCGCUCCCGAGCCAGCCGUCUCCGGCCCGGGCCCCAUCCGCCACCCGCGACCCAUCACGGCGUCCGACCUUCACAUGCAGCUCGAGAAGGAGCAAGAGGCAGUGGUGAACCGUCUUACACGAGAGCUCCAGCUCCUCCGCACGGCGCAGAACGCCUCGGUCGUCUCGAACGCCUCGUCGACAUCCGCCUCCAACGCGCCCGAAGCCCCCGAUACCCACCUCCUGUCCGGCGCCGCCUUCUCUACCCCCUCCGUUCCAUCCAACAGCUCCCGCCGACACCACCGCACCGCGUCGAACGCCAGCGCCCGAAGCCUGAAUGCCGUCGCAGGCUCGGCCUCCGCGUCCACUGCUUCCGUACCCAUGUCCAUGUCCGUGCCGAGACCCUCGAACCCCACCCGUCAAGACAGCGCCGCCUCACGUCACAGCUUGUCGUCCUCGCCGGCGCCCUCGCAGCACUACCUGGACCCGAGCGGCGGUGGCCUGACGUAUUUUCAACAACAACGCCUGCCGCAACAGCAGCACCAGCACCAGCAGCAGCAGCACACAGGGGGUGCGUCUGUAGCCCACACGCCCGGAGGCGGCAGCGAGUCGCAGCUGUCGCCUGGUCUCAUACCGACAACGUCGAGGUACGAGGAGACGGCACUGCACCGUCAGGAGUUGGAGAACGUCAAGAAGGAGAACGAGGCGCUGAAGCAAAGGAUCCGCGACCUGGAGAAGCUCGUCCGGGAGCGGACGGCCGGGCGCGAGAGGAGGGGGAGCGAGAGCACCGCUAGUGCCGCCGCGACGGGAACGGUGCCCGGCGUGGGGGUGACGACUGGCGGAGCGGGCAUCGCCGGCGCACAACGACCGGGAGGCGAGCGGGAACGGUCCCUGACGACGAUGAGCGUCGCCAGCAGCGUGGCGGUCGGCGUGCCCGACGAGGAGCUGCAAGUGGGCGAGAGCGCAGCGAGCUUGGGGCUGAACCCCUGAGCGGCGUGCUGCUGGCUGGACUGGUUAUCAUUGAUAGCGAUGCUUUAUGGAACGGGGUUAUGGCUUACGACUGAGACGGGAUUGGCGUUUAUGGAACUUAGGGACAGAGUGAGAGAGAGAGUUGUCUCCUCUGUAUUGGGACGAAUCCGGGCUACACCUUUCAUAGUAAUAACUAUUUUCC